GGCAGGAACCAUUUUCCUAGAAAGCCAAUCUGCCAUUUCUGUUGACACUGAAGAAUACGUCCCAAAAAAUAUUUACAAAUGACAAGCAACAAUUAAAGGUUGCUGGAUAUCAUCCAGCAAUCAAAAUGCCAGCUAACAGUUAUCGUCUUAACUCAAGAGCAUCAUCAGCUACUUUAUCCCUCAGACGACAACAGCAAGAAGCACCUCUAUUCAUAGAUGAUGCAAGUAUUGCACAAAAUUUACUACGAAGCCAAGGGGUUCCUAUCAGACGGGCAUCUAUCAGAGCAUUUCCAUCAGAUCCAAAUAUUUCCUUAGGCUUAUAUGGAGAUGGUCCUUCCCACGCCGAGGUGUCUUCCGAUAUCGGGCAGCAGCCUAGAAUUCGACGUGGUCUUUGCAGUAGUAAUACCUGGACUUCUUCAAGUGGUGGUGGUGAGUCUGAGAAUGACGACUCGGAUGAUCGUACACAUUUUAUAGAAGAAUUCAACCGACUGGCGGAUAAGGUCUGCAAAUGGUUUCAUCGUGACGAGGAACAAAGCUAAUGCUCCGUAGCAUGGCGUACGAAAAUUUAUCCCAAGUGAAUACGAGGACGCUCCUGUAAGUUAAUGCUUACAUCCCAUCACCUCAAAUGCUUAUUAGAUUUAGUGCAUCGAAGAUGGACCUGAUAAACAUGGUAAUUGGCUAUCCCGAAAGAUCUUCAGGCGGACAUCCUCAUCUCAAACGCCUGUUGUCAAGUCCAAAAAAGCGGAACGUCGAGAUCUCAAAAGAAUGCGCAGCAUUAGUGACUCCUUGCGAAUGAAGGGCAGACGCGACUCACUCAAAGAUAGAGAUUUGGUUGAACUUGUUCGUUUGUGUGGGUCAAGUCUAUUAUACCUUCCGGCCGAAUAUGCCCCGAGCAGCUUGACUUUACCAACUUGUAUCCGUGCUACAGCACAAUACUUGAUACAGCAUGGUAUGUUUCGAAUUACAAUCCGGUAUAUAAUUUCUAAGUGCUGAUUGAUGUGCAGCUCCUACUACCCGAGGUAUUUUUCGUAUACCGGGCUCCCAACACACAAUCGGCCUCAUUUAUGAACACUACUGUCCUAAAGGUGACGAAGGACAUAUUGCGGGAACAGUAAGAUGUCCGACUUUACCAGACCAUAUCGAUUGUGAUGUGCACGACGUUGCAUCUGCAUUUAAGAGAUUCCUCUCUGGCAUCCCUGGUGGUAUAUUGGGAUCACUUCCACUGUUCGAUGCUCUAGUAUCCAUCCAAACAAAUCUUAGAAGUGAUCCGGAGUUGACACGAACGAAGCAUAGUAAGGUCCGAGCGAGACUUAUUGCUUUAUCUAUAUCAACUUUAAGAUCAACAUAUAGAAGGGAACUUAUCUGUGCAGUUUUAGGGCUGCUCUGUAUGGUCGGUCGUGCAGCCGAAACGGCACGAAGGGAAGACGAUAAAGGCAGACCUCUCCCUACUUCAGAUCUUAUGGGCUACAAACCGUUAGGAGUUUGUUUCGGCCCCCUCCUUGUCGGUGAUCUAAUGGACAACUACAAUAUCCGCUUAGCCAACGGCCAUGGUAGUUUGGUUCUCACUCCUUUGAGUCCACCAAAAACUAAGAAGGAGAGAAAGAAAUACAAAAGUGCAGAGGAGGGAGUCACUUUCAACAAUACAGUUGACAAAAUCAAGGUUGCCUGCGAAAUUAUGGAGAUGCUCAUCACGCAUUGGCGUGAUAUAGUUCGUCAUAUGAAGAACCUAGACGCACUCACAGCCGUUGAUGGAUGCAAGAACGCAGGUCUUCGGGGUAAAAAAACACCUAUGUUACGCCCUUCAAUGUCGGAGUCCUUCUCCUUGCGGAGACCUCCUGACUGGACUUAUGAUAAACCCGACAGGAAUAUUGACAGGAGUCAAUCCCCAACACCUCCACAGCGUAAGCUCUCUCAUCGUUCAUGUCCAGUGCAUAUCGAUACACUGGGUAACUGCGGAGAGGUUACGCAACAGCAAGCACUUGACGACUCCGCUCAUUCCUCGCAGCUAGAUUCCUUAUUAGUCACAAAGCAACGAUCACGUCAACGAUUGCUACCGGGAGAAGCUCUUAAGAAUACAAAAUCUACGAGUGCUCUUUCGGCGGCUUUGGUACAAGAGCAUCCCGAUGAAAACGACUUUGGAGAUAGUAAGCUGAGUUUCAUGCAAACUCCACAAAGUGGUGGUCCACCUCCUUCUACAAGAAACGGGAAAGGAAGUGAUCAAAAGAGCCCAGCUGUUGAACAUACUAAUGAACGCCAUGCCAAAUGUAUUGUUCGAAGUUUCGAAAGCAAAUCAACUGAAGCUGAGGUUCUGUUACCUGACACAGAUCCCAAAGAUUUUGGUCAUGAUAAAACACCUAAAGCACAAUCGAUUAGACAAUUACCAGAUGGGCAGUCCAAGGAGACGAAGACAACCAGUUUAUCUGGUCUCUUGCAUGAUAACAAUCGAAACUCUAUGCAAGGCUCUUCGUCGCCUAAUCGGAAUAACCCACCCAGCAGAGAUAAUCAUAUCAGAUUCGCGCCCAGUACAUCUCAUGCUCAGGAGAGCAAGGAUCUUCGGAGAUUUCCAGGUUUUACAGGUUCUGAUCCCUCAAAGGGGAAUAGUCCUAUCGAUCCAAUCUCUCGCGUUUCACAUGAGGAUGACUUGGCAUCCUUAGCUGUGCUGGGGCAGGCUCUGGAAUCGCCUGAUUUGUCAAUGAAAUCGGUAAGGUCUACAGAAAAAUUCCAGAAGUCAACAAAACAUGAUUCUGGGGUAGACUUUCAUGAAAGAACGGAAGCUGAGAAACCUCAUACACCAAACUUUUCACGACCUCAAGCACCUCGCAGCAAUGUUUCCAACACGCCAAAGUCUGCAACAAUACAUAGGCCCGACGGUCAUUCCAGCAGUAAAAGUAAUUUUUCACAAAAGACUGGUUCUGCUGCACCUCUCGUUACAACAUCAGUGGAGCCCAAAGUCACGCAGGCGAAAGUAAAACGUCCUCAUGAAACUGCUUCGCCAGCUACCUUGUCAAAAGUAGCUUCGAUUAGAGAAAUGUUCCGGAAGCGAAAAUCCGAGAGUCGUUCGUCAAAAUCAAGUGAAGACCACCACAAGAGUGAACCUUCUAGGUCAGUCAUAGAGCAUCAUGCAGAACCCCGUUUACGGAAGAUUCCCACUCCCGAGCCCACUAGGACGCCCAAGAAGGUCAGCGUAAGGGCCAUAGCAGAGAAAUUCGACACUGUAAAGGCAACACCUCCUCCACCGAUAUCACCAACUCCAGCUAAAUCUGCUCGACCGGCAGCUGCAACGUCUGUCGAUAAUCGAAGAGGCGGUGGUGUUAUUUCACCUUAUACCAUCAAUCCGCCACCAUCACCAUCAAGAUCAAUUGCAUCCAUUAAAUCUGGAAAGUCUAUUCGGUCUUUCCGCAAUAUCGGUUUAGCCCAACGAUUUCAACAGACUAAAGAACAGUCAUCGCCUACCAAAAUACCAGCUCCAAAGAGAGUUUUGAGAGAUUUCGUACCAGAAUCUACCUCACCUAAAGCUAUAACUGAGGAUUCUCACGAGGAUUCUGUAUCUUCGUUGAAACUACCACUUUCUACUUUCAACUCGCUCUCUGUUCCACUUAAGCCAGUGGGGAAUCAACCAUCCAUGAAAAUUCGAACAGCUGGAAUGGAUGGUGCAUAUAGUAGUAUUGGUAGCUCAGAAACUUUGGCUCUAACAUCAUCCGAGUUUGAAGCUACACAUAAAUUUCUACAUUCGCAAUCGCUACUUGCUCAUGAUUCAACGCUUUCAAAGAAUACUUUGAGUCGCGGAAAUACAGUCUUACAUUCGCAAAUAUGCAGUCUUCAACAACAGGUAAAUGAGAAGACUGAACAAGUACGGCAUUUACAACGGAUGGUUGAAAUGAGGUCGAUCUCUGAUACUGAGCAUAUAAGUCUGGCGGAGCAACUGAGAGAAGCAAGGGAGGAAGUGGAGACGUGGAGAAGAAGGGCCGAAGGAGCAGAGAGAAAGUUGGAGUUGAUGGAUAUUAUCAGUACUAGAAACAAUGCAAGGAUGGAGGAGCAGCGGGGACUGAGUUACCAAACUAGAGGUGGUCAAGCUGGAGAUGUUAUUGGUAUGCAUGGACGGGGAUAUAGUGUUGAUGGCGGCAUGACGAGAAUGGUUCUAAAAAGGAGGAUGCUUGAUACGAUGAGCUCGGAGGAUAGUACUGAAAGUAAUGGUACUGUUGUCAGAGAAAGGAUCAGAAGGGAUGAGAAUAGGGACGAGAUUGAUAUGGAUAUUAUUUCUGAUCAGGCUGGACAUCAUAAUUGGGCAAGUCAGACACUUUCUAUUAUGGAUGGUCUUAAAAGUUGGGAGAAUUGAUGAGUCGUAUUUAUGUUUUGGGAGUUUUAUUUUGGUAAUGGACAGGCAGGCAAGAUGAAGAUGGUAGAGGUAAAGGAGAGGGGGUGUAGUAGGUACCUACCUAGUCAUGGGUGAUGUUUUUAAAAGGCUUCUUGUUUUAUUUUUG